AACAGAAUGAAUUUGAUUGUGUUGUUUUCUAAAAUAUGGUCAAGGUUAUGAAAAAAGAACUAGAAGAUAAGUUCAAUGUAAUAUGGUUUAAUACUUCUGAUAUCAGACAAUCCUGUUUAUGUUCUUUGGACGCUUUAAACCAGAUGUGUCGAACAUAUAGUGUGUCUAUAUCAUAUAAUGGCGAUUUUGUGUUUUCAAAGUUCCCUUGUUUAAGUAACAUGGACCUCAUCCAUUUGGUUUCUCAUGCCCAUGAACCGUUCUUUCGAAUCUUUCAAAACUGUAUCAUGUGUUGCUUCUCAGAUAUUCGAACAAUCAUCUUCCAUGAAGGUCUUUGUAUAUUCGAAAAUCCUUAUAGUGGGUUGUUAUUGGACACUCUACAGAACACCUUAAAAGAUGACACAUUCAAGGAGCAGCCCUUGUUCUAUUUAUCUGCUGUUUGUGUUGCUCUGAUAGAUAUGUGGAAAGAACGCAUUCAAGCGGUUCUUCAUGAAAAGAGCUACAACAGAAUGGAAAGGCAAAAGAAUGUAUUCUCCGUUGCAUCAGAACAUGGAUUAUCUCUCUCUAAUGCACAACAACUGCAACUAGAAUUGAGGGAAUUUCGACAAGGAAUGUCAUUCCUCUUGAAAGAUCGAGUUGAAGACAUGGUGAAUAUCGUUCGGGACACAAAAUCUUGUUCGAGUCUUUCCUUGUAUUUAGAGGAAGCAACUUGUCUCUAUCGUCAAGUAGCCUCUUUGUGUGAAACAUUGACUGACAAGGAAAUGGAUGCUCAGGCCCAAAGUCGCUUAUUUCAAACAAGUCUCGUUGCACACAAUUUUUUUGGAAAUAUUAUACUUUCUUCUUGUCUUAUCGGUGCUACAGCAGGCAACUCCUUUGGAAGCAACUUGAAUAUUCCACCAUAUAAUAGUACAAAAGGAAUAGACGGAUAUCUUUGGUAUAUUGUAAUUAUCGGUAGCUUCGUAAUAUGGUUCACCUUUCUAUCUUUAUUUUUGUCCAAGAACAGGUCUCUGUUGAAGUAUCUGUGGAAAUUGGUUAAGAAACGCCAAAAUCCAAAACAAUGUGUAAAGCCUACCUAAUUUCUCUCUGUACAUCCGCACCACAAAAAGAAAAGCAAUUUUUUCCCA